AUGCCAACAUGGAUGCCAACCAUGUUACCUAAGCAAUAUCUUGCAUCGAUAAGCGCUGAUACCCUGCUCCCCAGAGCGCUGCGAGCUCUCGUUUCCGUAAAUGAGCAUUUAACCCUUGACUUUCCCGAGCGAGUUGUGUACAAUGCGUUCUAUGAGGAGUCCAAAGUCAGUACCAUCAGCAGCGGAGCUAAUCGGGAAGUAACAGUAUGA